AUGCAUGCCGUGAAGCCAGGAUGCUGUGGACGGCCGGCAGCCUCAACUGAUGGAGCUGGGAACGACUCGAGAGGGAACGGAUUUUCAGAGGUGCUGAACUUCUCCUCCUGCGCUUAUCACCAGGUCGCCGAUUUCAUGUACUGCCAUUGCCAGCAGCGGCAAGACUGGCAGCUCUUCAGUGCUGCUCGCAUGCUGCAGCAGGCAGGCAUCUUGGUGCUGCUUUGCACAGGGUGCAGCUCGGCAUGGCCUUUACCCUUCACGCUUUCAGACUUGUGGCACAAUCUGUACCGGUCGAUUGAUUGGGCCGUCAAGACCAUGGAGAUGGCCCGGAGCGGGCCUCCGUCGCCAGGCUCCGCCCGGCUCUUCGUCCGGGCUCUGAGCAGCUGCCAGAUCUGGGAGACGGAGGAACCUCCGACUUCCAUGGAUCCAGAGCAGAAGCCGUGGCUGCCGGAUGAAGCUGAAGGCAAGUCUUCGCCAGCGCUGGCGGAAAGCGAGCCUGAGCUGACGGAACGUUCCGACGAUGCCGAGGUCAGGGUUCUGUCGGCCGUUCGCAGCCAGAAGACGAGGGCCGACCGCGAGGCUGCCAACGGCAACCUGCGGGAAGCUUUGAGGCUCUACGACGAUGCCAGCUCGAUCCUUCUCUCCCUUCAGGAUGCCAGCACGGAGGGCGCCCUGAAGGCCGUUGACCUGCGCGUGGAGGCGCUCAACAUUCGGCUAAUGGCAGCCAAGGCCCUCUCCUUGCUGGGCGACUGGUUCCAGGCAGAAGCCCGUGCGAGCAAAGCUCUCGAGGCGGCGACGUUCUGCCCAGGAGGCGAGGAGCUUGCGGAGCUCACGGAGCUGGGGAUAGCUUCCGAGGCAUCAACUGAAGGCACUUUGGUCCACCGAGAUGCUGCGGAAGCGCUGCUUUGUCGUGCAAGGGCGCGGCUCAAGCUCGGCAAUGCAGCCGGGGCGCGCGAAGAUGCGGCCAAGGCUCGAAACUUGUUUGGCCAACUGCAGGACCAGCUGAAGCAGGAAGCUGCUGAUGGGUUCUUGAUGCAGGCUCAGAUGGUCAUCGCCGCGAGUGGGCAUGAUCCAAAGACACUGAGCCAGAGUUGCGAGAAGAGCCCGGCUUCAGGACCGCUGCAAGUGCAUGGGCAGCUGCAGGAUGUGGAAACGCCGGCCUGCAGCCUCCCGGCCCCUCUUUCCAAGAUGCCGCGACCCGAAGAGAUCGUCGGCCUGUUGGAGGAGAUGGACUGA